AACCUGCGGCGGAUGGAGCGAGACACUGGAGAGGAACCAAUCAGAGAUGUCAACGAGCUACAGAAUGCUGACUGGGCGAAGUUCUGGAUGCAGGUGAUGGGUGACCUGCGUAACGGGUCAAGCUGAAGAAGGUCCAGGAAGACAGUACAGCCCUCUCACCUAUAGAGUUCAGCUCACGCCUUACGAGAUGCUGAUGGAUGACAUCCGCUUCAAACGAUAA